AUUAAGUUAUAUUAAUUUUAAGCUAGUUUACGGUAAAUUUAUAGAUUUUUGGGUGUAGUUUGGUGUUGGUAGAAACUACAGUGACAGGGCAGUGUUUGAACAAAUGACGACGCUCAGAUGAAGACAAGCAGGGUAUAAAGCGAAAUCAAACCAACUGAGUGUUUUGCAACGAUGUCUGCUGAAUUACCCAUGAAAAGAACACACCAGAGCACAUGCAAAGACUCAUUUCAGUCAGUUCAGUCUCCUGCACCUAUCUCACCCACUUCUGGAAUCAGUGGGGUGGAGCACCAAGACAACAGACUGCCCUCUCUAGGCUGUCAGGGUGAACCAGUGGUGGGCAACACUCACCCUGACCUUUCCUCUCACCUGAGCCCUGAGGAUGCUAUCCCAAGUGGACCCUACCAGCCAACUGCUGCCAACUGGGAUGCCUUUCACACCGCGAAUCAGACUACUCAACAAGCACCAGAUCAUCCAUGUGAAGUGGUUCAGCGGCAAAUUGAGCAGAUCCGCAAGGUGCUACAGGAACACAGUAGCCUGCUGGCACUACUAGGAACAGAUAUAUUUAGAUCCAAAGAAGAGACAGCACAGCAAAGGCACUCACCUACCACCACAGGGACUCACCAGACUGUGCACAGAGAUGGAGACCAGGACCCAGUCAGCCUCUCUGCUGACCCUGAAGACAGGUUGAUCAGAUCUGCUUUGAGGGAGGAAGAGACCUUCGGGGAACGUGUAGAGGAGCAUCUGAAAGUGCAUGAAAUCUCUGAGCCAAAACAGCUGCAGAACCGCAGUGGGAUGACGACAGAGAGACGUCGCUACAUGCAGGAGGGUGAGGGCAUUUCCAGGAUGGACAGAAAUAAUUUGAAGGUCACUGAUCAGCAGGAGGUCCGGAGGAGGGCUUCCCUUAGCCUGCAGCAGCCCAGCAGGAAGUUAACCUCCGACAUCCAGAGACGCUCCUCUGCCCCUUCUACGGUCUUUAAAGACGACGGAACGCAGCUUGAAACCUUCCAGUCUCUGAACUUUCAGCCUGAGCAUAGCCGAGAGUUUGGGACUUUACAAGACCUUAGUUCUGGUUCAUGUAAUUCUCACACACCAGAGAUCCAGCCUCAGGCUGAUGUCUUUUCUCUGGUCUGCGGCCAAGAGCAAACUUACGCCAACACUCCUUUCAUGCCCCAACCUGAAACUCCACCUUUGGAAGGACAACAGAUCACUGAUACUCCUGCAGUAAUUGACAGGGAAGAGGAACUUAGACAGCUGCAUGAAGGAAAGUCAAGAGAAAAAUCCCAUUUGGAAGAAAAAGAAAACAUUGAUAACCCUCAUUUAAGAAAGACAGAAUGCAGAAUUAAUCCAUCACUGUCUGAGCCGACACCCUCCGUUGGCAAGUCUUUCAGAGAAAAGAGGUUGAAGCACCAAGAAAUGGAAAACAUGGGUGAAACUGCAGGAAAGAUUGUUGAAGAAGAGGAGGUGAAAGGUCUAUUUGAAUUCACAGCACCUCAUGGACAAAUGGCUGUGAGCUCAUGUAGUGCCACCUCAGACGAUCUAUGGGAACAACCCCUGCAGCAGAACAACAUACAUUUCAACAUUUCCCCCUGUUUUAGGGACAACAGAGUGUCCCCCCGGACCGGGAGAAAUCAGGAAGUUAUUGUUAGUUUUAAGACCGUGAGCGACCACAUGGAGAGAGUCUCAAGCUUUAACAUGGAAACUCUAUCCACAGGCUGUGAUGAAACAAAAACACAUUUUCAUCUCUGCCAGUGCAACAAGUCGAGACCAGGAAGCAGCACAGGCUCAAACUUGGUCAAAGGUCAGAAACAAGUCAGGACAACAACAGCAGCAUUUUGUCUUUGUGUGCCAAGCAACACAAGUCAAGUCCCGACACCUCUGGAGCUCAGUACAUUUCCCAUGCAUUCCACUAAAAGAAGCACCACUGGUAGUGGUAGUGGCAGUGAGGAUGACGAUAACCCACCAUCCCAGUGUCACCAGUUUCCCAAGCUCCCAUCCCCUCCUCCCUGCCUUGGCCUCCAGGAUUCCCAUUUAAACCUUUCAGAGGAUGAUUAUGGCAGCGAGGCUGAUGAGGAAUGGAUGUUCCCGGGGAGCCAAAAACAGGACCAGUGUCUUGGAUCUGGAUUAGGGCCACAUCAGCAGUCCUCCUCUUCCAUCUCCAACAGAGAUGAUAAAACUCAGGAUUAUUCUAAUGGAGGUCAGAAAAGGAUGACUAUACGGUCACUGAGACCAGGAAGAAAAUCUGAUGGUACAGAUGUAACAAAAAUGGCACAAACAUCAAGAGGACUUCUAAGAGAAAAACUAGAUCCGAGUGAUGAACUGAAGAGGCCCUGCAGAGGCGAUGAUGUCCUCUCGGACACAGAAGCGAAUCAGCACAUGAGAAAUCAACACAGUCUGCACAAACUGGAAACCAGUGAAGUCCAGGCCCUCAGGCAGCAGAUGGAGGUGCUUCAUCAGCAGUUCAAACAGAAAGAGAGUGAUUGGUCCGCAGUUCGACACCAGCUGGAGGAGCUGAUCAGAGCGUAUGCUGAGCUGAGGAAGACACUAACAGUUACGCCACAGUGCCGCUCAGUGGCCAAUCAUUGUACUGCACAAACGCAAACUGAACACCUGGAGGGACAGAUGGAGACGGAGCAGCUUCUCUCUAACGGGUGCAGCUUGGUGACUCUCAGUAACGGGACAAGGAAAGUUACCUCUGCAGACCAGAAGACAAAAACAGUCACAUUCUUCAAUGGAGACAUCAAGCACAUUUUGGAAGAUGGGAAAGUGGUUUAUUACUACGCUGGUUCACAGACAACCCAUACCACCCACCCAAGUGGUCUGGAGGUCCUUCACUUCCCCAACAAGCAGAUCGAGAAGCGACACCCUGGGGGGAAGAGAGAGAUCUUAUUUCCAGACCAGACCAUCAAGUAUUUGGAGCCUGACGGCAGCGAGAGGACAAUCUACUCUGAUGGCACCAUCGUUCAGCGUUCACCGUCAGGUGAAAAGAUGGUCGAAUUCCCCAAUGGUCAGAGAGAGAUCCACACCUCCCAGUACAAGAGAAGAGAGUAUCCUGAUGGGACAGUUAAGACCAUCUACCCCAAUGGACGACAGGAAACCAAGUACGCAUCAGGCAGAGUACGCAUCAAGGCAAAGGACAAAGUUACCAUCAGACAUUUUAAAUGAAUGUGUAUUUAUAUUUGUAAGUGUGAGAUGGAGAAUGGUGUGUGUGUUCAGGGAUAUAGUAUUGGUAGGAAAUAACCUUUUGCAGUAUGGUCCGAAAAGUGAUCAGUAAACCAGUGAUCAGAAAUUAGAGAUGUUUUUACAUGGUAGAUCUAACUUUGUAUUUUAUCCUCAUGUAGCAAGUAAUGCAUUACUAUUAAUUUAAAAGAAUGACUGACAAGUGGUUUCACAAUGAUUCUAUACAAUUAUGAGCUUUUUUCCACAUGCUGUUGUAAACACUAAGGGGGAAUUCGUAAAGAAACACCCUCGUACUGUAAAAGAAGAUGGCUUGAUUGCUAGAAAGUUACCCCAACUCUCUGAAGAUGAUAACAGUUUUCACUGUAACUGCAUGUGGCUAUUAGCAUUGAUCACUGAGCCUCAUUUGCAUUAAAAGGAUCAACUUUAGCACCACAUUAAUGCAUAUUUACUUAUUUAAACAGAGACGCUAUUUGCUUUGCAGCGGAGUUAGGUGUGCAUUACUCUUUGUGGGUGCUUUUCUUUUUAUUUGCACAGGUUGAGCAGCCACACAAACCUUUUGG